CAACAGCUGCUUUUAGAGGAAGAACUAGGGAGAGGAUAAAUACAGAGUGAGGGGGCCGGACUAACAGAAAGGCAAACGCAGGAUGAGACAGCAAUACAGACAAGAGUAACAGAGAAACAGGAACAAGAGAGAGAGAAAAAAAAAAGUUUGGUGAAGUCAGACAGGGGAAGAGCAGGCCUCCAGGGCGGUGCAGUGAGUGAACAGGGCAUGAAUGACAAGGAGAGAGAGAGAGAAGGAGAGAGAAAGACAGAACAAGGAGGUCUUUCCUCCUGUAUUUUAGUUUUACUCCAGUUUUGUAACUUUGCCUGCACCAGUCACAGAGGCUGAGUGAGACCAGGCUAGACCCAGGGAACAGAUCACAGGUGAAACACACUUUGAGUCCAUUCAAAAGAAGAGAGACUGUGUGUGUGUGUGUGUGUGUGUGUGUGUGUGUGUGUGUGUGUGUGUGUGUUAGGCAGUGUUUGAAAAAUGACCAAAAAGUCUGCAUCUGCUCAAAAAGAUGGAAGAGUGGCAGCAAAUGGACACAAAGUAUCCCCAAAUGGGACUCUGUCGGACGGCAGCGGGAAGCUGCAGGACGGGGACGACAGGAAGGUGGGGCUGGGGAAGAAGGUGACCCUGCUCCGAGGUAUCGCCAUCAUCAUCGGCACCAUCAUCGGAGCGGGGAUCUUCAUCUCUCCGAAGGGCAUCCUGAAGCACUCGGGCAGUGUUGGGAUGUCUCUGAUAGUGUGGAUCGCCUGCGGGGUGCUGUCACUCUUCGGAGCCCUGUCCUACGCUGAGCUGGGGACUUCUAUUAAGAAGUCUGGUGGACACUACACAUAUAUAAUGGAAACCUUCGGACCUCAGAUGGCUUUCAUACGACUGUGGGUUGAUCUCAUCGCUAUAAGGCCUGCGGCAAUGGCAGUCAUCUCUCUGGCCUUUGGUCAGUACAUCCUGGAGCCUCUGUUCAUGCCCUGUCAUAUCCCCCCUAUGGCCAUUAAAUUGACCACCGCCAUUGGCAUAACAUCUAUUAUGUACCUGAACAGUAUGAGUGUGACGUGGACAGCAAGGAUUCAAAUUGUCCUCACCUGCAGCAAGCUGCUGGCCAUCGCCAUCAUCAUAGUGCCUGGAAUGUACCAGCUCUUUAAAGGGGAGACUAGGAACUUUGAGAAUGCCUUUGAGCUGAGCAAUGUGAAGCUGUCCGGUAUGCCACUGGCCUUCUACUCUGGGAUGUAUGCAUACGCUGGGUGGUUCUAUUUGAACUUUGUGACAGAGGAGGUAGAGAACCCUGAGCGGACUGUGCCAUUAGCUAUCUGUAUCUCCAUGGCGAUUGUGACUACCUGCUAUGUGCUGACCAACGUGGCGUACUACACUGUGAUGUCAGCAGAGGAGCUCCUGGCCUCGGACGCAGUUGCUGUGACCUUUGCAGAGAAGCUCAUGGGGAAGUUCUCCAUAGCGGUGCCGGUGUUUGUGGCCUUGUCCUGCUACGGCUCCAUGAACGGCGGCACCUUUGCCCUGUCAAGAAUGUUCUAUGUGGCAUCGCGUGAAGGACAGCUCCCUGAGGUUUUGUCUAUGGUCCACAUUCGCAGACACACUCCACUGGCUGCUGUCCUCAUACUGUACCCUAUGACCAUCCUCCAGCUGUUUGUGGGAGACAUCUACAGCCUGCUGAACUUCAUGAGCUUCCUGCGGUGGCUUUUCAUCGGUGUGGUAGUGCUGGGUUUAAUCUAUCACCGAUAUACAAAACCUGAUCUCCCCCGCCCCUUUAAGGUCCCACUCUUCAUCCCAGUGGUGUUCUGCCUUACAUGUUUCUUUAUGGUCUUCCUAUCUCUGUACUCGGACCCGGUCAACACAGGAAUUGGAUUUGCCAUUUCCCUCACAGGCAUCCCCGCCUACUAUAUGUUUAUUAAAUUCAACCGCAGACCAAAGUGGCUUCAGAGGGCUUUAGAUUCCUUUAACAGAACCCUGCAGAUCAUCCUGAUGGUUGUCCCUGUGGAGCAAUAACAGCACACAAUCACUAUAUCACCUCUAUGGUCACCUCAGAUUACACAUAGACACAGAGCUGAGCUCAGACAGUUAAACUGCUGUUGUAUUGUCCAAAAGACUGACUUAUUGCAAAUGUUAGAAGUUAUAAAUGUGAGUUUAUAUAAUGUGUGUUAUUAAAGGGCGAAUAUGUAUGUUCAUGUUAUAUCCACAGUAUGUGUCACUGUUUUGGUGAACAUUGUGAUUAUUUAUUGAAUAGCAAAUUCCCACCUGAUCACCAUUUUCUCCUCAACAAGCCACACUAGCUGUAUCCGUGCAUCACUGCGCAUGAUAUAUGAUAUAUAUAUAUAUAUAUAUAUAUAUAUAUAUAUAUAUACUAUAAUGUGAUUUUAUUAUACAGUAUGCGAUUCUUUGUAGAAAGGUUUGUCCCACGUUAUCACUGUUUCCUUAAAGCAACCACAUACUCAGUGGACUCUACAGGUGGGACUUGCUGGACAUUUUUGUCUAUCUCACCAGCUGGAGGUCAUCAGCUGAGGCUCUUUAAUGUUUUUCUCCUUUAACCCAUUCAUUUUUUGGUGGUUCAAAUAGCAACCAUUGUGAAAUCAUCAGCAUCAGUCUUCAGAUUCAAAUGACACUUGUCAACCCGGUAUAUAUGAAGGUUGGUUCCCCUCUUGCAUCAUUUCUGGACACGCCCUCUGUUGAAGUCAGGUAACAUAGUAUAAAGAGCAAGAAAGUCUGCAAAUGGAGAUGGAUGGAAGGCUCCAACAAACACAGGACUUAAAUCCUGGACAUUGUUAUUGGUUUCCUGUGUAAAACCAUUAGAAAACAGUGUCUUUUAAGUAAUGUAAGCAAGUUAUGUCAAAUACAUCACAUAACUACAGUCUUUUCCUAAAUCUAACCAAACUGCGACUGUUUCACAACCACACAAGCUUUAGUUUAAAAUUCUAACUGGAUGUUGCAUAUUUAUUGUUGCUAACUUGACUGGAGAGCGAUGCACAUCCAGAAAUGAUGCUAGAGGGAUACCUACAGUGCCUGUAUCUAACCAGUUGUGAGUCAGAACGUGUUGCAUCCAUCUUGAUCAAUAACUAUAAAAUGAUUAACUAUAGGACACAUGCCUUGAAAACUGUAUUCUUUUGACACAACAUAGCAUAGUAGAAGGAUGGGUGGAGGUUGUGUUGAGACAUUUACCUUCAAAUCUGAUGAGCAGUGUGCAGAGUUAUAAUAGUUGUUUUUUAAGUUAAAGGAGAGGUUAAGGGUUAGAGUUAGGGUUUUAGUUACAUAGGUUUAGAAUUUGAGAGUUAAAAGAAGCAAUAAACUUGGUGAAUACAAUGUCAUUAUGUUGCGAGCCAACAGCAACAUGUACCCUGCUUCUGCUAAAUUACUAAGGAUGUUGGCUUUGCAAGGAUGGGAGACCUCCUGGGUAAGCCAAGUUGCUGCUGGAAGUGGUGUUGGUGGGCCAAUAGGGGACAGUUUUCCCCUCUGGUCCUAAUAAAAAAAAUAAUCCCAAUGCCUCAGUGCAGCGACUGUGCCAUAGGAGACGCUGUCCUUCGGAUGAGAUGUUAAACCAAGGUCCAGAUUCACUGUGGUCAUUAAAGAUCCCAUGCAAUUUAAUACAAAAAUUAGGGGAUCCCCGAUGUCCUGGCAAAAGUCCCAAGCUGGCUUUCUCCAUCUGGCAAUCUGAUCAUCCCCGAGUAUAAUUGGCUGUUUCCCUCUCCACCUCAAGCUGAUGUGUGGUGAGUCUUCUGGCACAAAACAGCUGUUGUGCACAUCGGUAGUCCCAAUGCAGGAUUUAGUGGCAUCUCGUGGUCAAGGUUCUGAUAGCAGGUCCCAGAGCGUAAAAACCAAAACAAUGAGCUGAAAGAUGCUAAAAUGCUCAGUCAAACUAAGUGAAACUGUAGAGUUGGUGAUAAUUCUCUGUGGGUGUGUCAUUACACAUAGUCCUUUGAUCCUUUUUAAUAUAAAAAUAUUAAUUAUUGCAGCUUUAACUUGUUGACUUGAACAUAUCGGUGCUAACACAGUCCCUGGGCAUAAAAGAUAUUUGAGAUUUCUUUCAGGUUGCAGAACCCAUGUUGUACAUCAGAUUGUUGUGUCCCUCUUCCAGACAGGUUUUAGUAUGCAGAUGGCCCAGCCCUAACAUUAGGACCUUUGCCAUUUGAUUCAACCAUUAUUAUAACUUCCCAUCACCUCUCUGACCUUAUGUGGACUCUCUACUCCCCUGGUAGUCUCCCAUUAGCCAGUCAGACUGCAUCAGCACCACCCUCUUCCCUCCUGCAUCAAGAAUGAAGUGGCUUGGCCCUAUGUGCCCUGGUGUGGUUACAGUCUUACUCAGAGGGGUGUGAGUGAAUGUGUGUGUGUGUGUGUGUGUGUGUGUGUGUGUGUGUGUGUGUGUGUGUGUGUGUGUGUGUGUGUGUGUGCUGUCUGCUGAUGUGGCUGCACUCCAUUCCCCCUGGGUGGGAUUUGCAGGUAAUCUGUCUGUGUAACCGCUGCCCUGUGGCACACUGCAUUCCCUCUCAGCUCUGUGUCCUGUAAAUGGAGGGCUUUUAAUGCUGAUGAGAGGAUGGCAGCAUAGAGACAAAAUGCCCGGGAGCUUCCACUUCAGUGCUGAGCCAUAAAAACGCUGGCUUAAAGUCAGCUAGCAUUAGCCUUUGUGUGAGCAAAGCUAGCUGUGCCCACGCUGCAGGCAUAUAGAGUUUCUACAGCACACUGCUGAUGGCUGGUUGGCUGUCACUGCUCAGGUCUGAUUGUUACUUUAACAUUUACUUAAGUGACUUAACAUGAGCCGUAAUUAACACAUGAAGGGCAAACACAUUUAAUAAUGCUUUGCAGAGACCCCUUCACUGUCAGGGCGCCCACCCCAUUGUGUAUGUUAAGGUGCAGUGUGUAACAUUGAGGAGGAUCUAUUGUCAGAAAUGGAAUAUAAUAUUCAUAGGUAUGUUUUUAUUAGUGUAUAAUCACUUGAAUAUAAGAAUUGUUGUGGGUAUGCGGGUCCUUUUCUAAGGAGUCUACAGUAGCCCAGAACAGACAAACCAAACACUGGCUCAAGACAGGAUAUAUAUUUUCUCGUAUUUCUAGGCCACCAUAGUUUCUCUAUCAUGCUUUGAAGAGGAGGGUGAAGUAAGGAGGCUGUACUCAAGACCACCUUUGUUGAGUCUAAGACUCAGUCUAAGUCCUCGACCAGGACCAGUCAAGACAGAGUCAAGACAGAGUCCAAAGAGUCCAAAAAGUUUUAAGUCCAAAUAUUUACUUGUACUCCAAAUAGGAGUAAAAGUACAGAGUCCAAGACAGGUCUGAGACAAUAGAAAAAAUGUCUUGAGGACUACUACAGGACUGGAAACUACAGCACUAAAUGCCACUAAAUCCUACACUGGACUGUGACAGUAGGAUGUGUGGAGCCCUGUGCCUGAUUGGUUCCAGCUGGUGAGGCUUGGCCCAUUCACACCUUCCUACUUCCUUUCUAUCGAGGCGAAACAUCCUGAUUGGACCGGCACCAGUGCACCUAGAAGCUUAGCUCUCCGGUAUUUGCAGCUGGGCAACAUGCUUCUUCUUGUUUAAUAUGUCAGACUGUUAACUGUUAAUCUUGUAUUAACUUCCUGAAACUAGUAUUGGGGCAUUCACUAACUACCUGCGGACUGGGCCAGGUUUAGAUCUAAAAACUCACACAGAAUUUCUUUAUUUAGAGUCAAUAGGUUCAGGGGUGCUGUUUUGACUGUUUUUGGUUUUAUCAAGUAGAGUUAGAUAGUGAGGUUAUUCUUUUCAGAAGUUAGCUGUAGCUGUUGAAGAGUCCUCUUUUGGUAUAUAUAUUUAUUUCUUUGAUUUAAACAGCAUCCACCAGCCCUUUUCCUUUAUAGUUUGCUUUUUUUUUUGUUUGUUAGAAUUAUUCUGAGCUCCAUGUAAUAAAUAACUUUGUUUGACCAAAAACA